CCGAUGGGGACCCUCUUUGGACCCUUUCCGAUUCCUUACAGUUUACGCACCAAAAUCACGCCAGCGCCAUGGCACUCCGCCCCGGACCACGGCGCGUGUCCCGCACGCGGCGGACCCCGGCGUUUGCCGGACGGACUGCACUGCGGGCGGCUCCGGCGACGCUACACCGCUUCCCCUUGCGCUCACUACUGCGACGAACGCCGCUCAGAAGCGCGGUGGUGAUCCAGCUGGAUUCGCCCACAGGGGAGUUGGGCACCACGGCACGAGUCUCUGAAGCGUCGGAGGAGAAACCGAAGCGAUUGCAGAGUUGGGGAGGUCAUGGGCACCGAGCGCGCUUCGGCGUCCAAGUGCCCUUUGUCAUCUAUGCCACAUGUGUUUUGCCACCGGGCAAUGAGUUGGCCACGGCUGGGGAAGACGGCACAGCUUGCAUUUGGGACGCGAAAAGUGCCACGAAGAUCCAUGAGGUCAAAGCUCAUGAGGGUGGGGUGUUAUGCAUUGAACCCUUUCCCAAUGCCAUGUGCUUUCUCACCGGCGGCUGCGAUGGCUUUGCCCGAGUUUGGAGAUGUGGGAGCAAGCCGAGCCUCCUAGCCACCUUGAACCACCGCUUUGCCGUCAUCGGCGGGGUCGUUUACCCCGAUGCACGGCCUUUGUUGACCUUGGGCCUUGAUGGCGUCACCAAGCUAUGGCAUUUGGAGAACGGAGAGUUCAUUUGUCAAGCAGGUACAGGGCUGAGUGCCUUGACCAUCUCACGCUUCCAGGGCCACGUGUUCACUGCAAGCCUGGCCGGUCUCGUGGAGCGCUUCAGCGAGCAGGGGCAGCAGUUGAGUGUUUGGCAGGGCCACAUCGGCGCCAUCAAUGCCAUUGUGGUCUUUCCGGACGAGUCAAGGGUUCUGACAGCGGGUGAGGAUGGCGUUGCCAUCGUGUGGCAGAUGUCUGGGAGUCUCUUCAAACGACUUGGGGAGUUUGGCUCUCCAGUCCUGUGUGCGGAUGUCUCCCCAUGUUGUCAGUGGCUACUCACCGGCUGCCGGGACGGGACUGCUCGACUGUUCAACGCUGGCACUGGCAAGAUGACUUGCAGCUGGCAAUUGGGACAGAAGGGCACCAUGGUGUCCAACUCGACCGCCACGGAGGAAGCGGUCGAGAAGAGCCAAGUUGACACUCACCCCGUGCAGGUCGCGGAGGGGGGCUAUGGCAUGCUAUGGCGGUUCUCCGUGGGAUGAGAUGUCAAGGAAGAUAAGGAAACAAAGAUAACAAAGUGGAGCAAAUGCAAGCAGUUACGGUGGCGACCCAGUUAUGUAGCCACGACCACCCAACUCGGUUCCACAACCAUUAGCUUGGUGAGAGGAGGGGUCAAAAAGACUGAUGACAAGACGCCGCGUGCUCCCCAUAUUGGGGCCGCAGGUUGAUGCGAGAGCCACGGGUCCCUUUAAAGUUGACCUGAACAGUUUGGGCAGGUUGACAGGCACCUGUAGCCGCUGUAGCCAGAGUGUAUGAUGGACAAUUGGGAGCAAGAUGGUUAUAUAGUUCAUGUUAGUUCAUAGUUCGCGAAUGUUUCUAGCCACAGAGUGGCAAGUCUCGGUUGUGUUUAUCAGCUGAUGCUUUCGCAAGAACAACUUCCCAGGAUGCUCUUUGUGCAGGACAUCCGGCACUGCAAAUUUGAUUGCACUUCUUUCAACAAACCUUGCCUCCUGCAUCUACUUGCCACAGUUUGGCCACUGUAGAAGAGAAUGUUUGGUUCGGGAGGUGUACCAUAUAUGCUUUCAGUUUAUUGACCACCCAGGCUUGCUGCUUUUGUCCGGCGGAUUCCUGCUUCGUUCUCGCCGGUGCCUUUGGGAUACAAGUUUGGCACUUCCCUACAGUGGAAACCAUCGACUGAGUGCUGUGGAUUCGGCAUCAACUGGAACCGCCGUGCUUGCGGCUUUGUAAGCUUAGGGCCUACUUAGGGUUGCUGCAAUUGCAUGGCCUGUUCAACGCGAAAUGCUGUCCAAGUGUGGAGGUUGCCAUUGACCCCGCACCCUCAGCCAAAGUGUUGGGGCCUGACUGGGACUGACCAGUGCCACCGUCAGAGCAAA